AUGCCUAAUUCCAAGAUUUCAUUCCAUAUUGCUAAUAACGGAACUGGGCCACAGACUCUAAGUUGUUCUCUUGAGAGCAAAUAUGGCGAUCUUCCCCAUCGCAGGACCACGUCCUUUGAAGACCAAUGUCUUUUUGACCGAUUGUCAGGCUGGUCUGUUGAUUUCAAUGACACAUCAGAAGCCAUCAGCAAGAGGGUAGGAAUUGUUUUGAACAUGUCUCUUAGUAGUUCUGAUAGAAUGCAUAUACGAGCAUUUUGCAAUGACCUUAGCCUAAGCUCUUUCCAAUGUGUUGUCCACUAUCUGGAAGCCAUUCGUGAAUGUCACCACAUGCUCUACCACGCCACAUGUUGGGAAGUCUCGGAACACGAAAGGUGGGAAGCUCUCGCCCGUGUCAUGCACGAAGAUUCAAAAAGGGACUACUUGAAGGCAGAGCAAGAAGUGCAGUUUCUACUGGAUAUCUUGGGUCAACGUGUGGCAUUGUCCUGUCAACCCGUUGCAAAUUUCUCUGCCCAAGUGGGCAACCACAGCAAGACUUCUGUGUGUCAGACCGACGCUGUACUCAGCAUCCUAAAUAGUGCUAAAGAGAUGCGUCCCGCGGAUAACUGUACGCCUGAUUUUGAAACCACUGGUUGA